ACUCACUCUUUUUGUGUGUGUGUGAGUUAAAUUUCUUUUUUUUUUUUUUAAAGCCUCAAACUACUUUAGCGCGGAGUCGGCAGCAGAUGGUGGACGCGACCCAAGGUUUCGACGGGGAGAGCGAAGGGAUGCGCCCAGCCCGCACCGCUCGCCUCUAGCUCGGCUUCCGCUCCCACUCCCCUCCAUGAGCCGCCCCGCGUCCCUGCUGCCGGCCGCUCGCUGCCGCAGCGCCCCGGCCAAGCGGCUGCAGCCCCUCCACGACGGCCCCGCCGAGGAAGCGCCGGCCGCCAAGUGCCCUCGACUCGUCGAUUGCGGACCCCCGGAUUGCCUGAGCGCUCCCGGGUCGCCCUGUUCCCCUGCUUCUCCCGCCGGCGGCGGGGGAGCGACGGGUCCCAGCUUGAUCGCCUCGUACCUGCUGCUGCCGCUGGCCGAGCGGGAGCAGGUGUCGAGGGCGCUGAGCGUCAGCUCCGGGCGGGAGCUGCGCUGCAAGGUGUUCCCCCUCAAACACUACCAGGACAAGAUCCGGCCUUAUAUUCAGCUGCCGUCACACAGAAACAUCACUGGGGUUGUUGAAGUCAUUCUCGGGGACACCAAAGCCUAUGUAUUCUUUGAAAAGGACUUUGGGGACAUGCAUUCCUACGUGAGGAGCUGCAAGAGGCUGAGGGAAGAGGAGGCUGCCCGGCUGUUCAAGCAGAUCGUCUCUGCCGUCGCUCACUGCCACCAAUCGGCCAUCGUACUUGGUGACCUCAAGCUCAGGAAAUUUGUCUUCUCUAAUGAAGAAAGGACUCAGCUGCGGCUGGAGAGCCUGGAAGACACACACAUCAUCAAAGGUGAAGAUGAUGCUCUCUCGGACAAGCAUGGUUGUCCAGCCUACGUCAGCCCUGAGAUCCUAAAUACGACAGGGACUUACUCUGGAAAAUCAGCCGACGUGUGGAGUUUGGGAGUGAUGCUUUAUACUCUCCUGGUGGGACGCUAUCCCUUCCAUGACUCGGACCCUAGCACCCUCUUUUCCAAAAUCCGACGAGGACAGUUCUGUAUUCCUGACCAUGUCUCCCCCAAAGCCCGAUGCCUCAUCCGCAGUCUCCUACGGCGGGAGCCCUCUGAAAGACUCACUGCUCCGGAGAUCUUGCUUCACCCAUGGUUUGAGGCAGUUUUGGAACCUGGAUAUACAGACCAGGAGACAGGAACUUCAGAUCAAAUUGUUCCAGAAUACCAUGGAGACAGUGAUGAUAUUAGUUCAUUCUUCUGCUGAUCCUGAAAUCUCAGAAAGCUCUGUGGUCCUCACCUCUGGUAUCUCCAUAAAGUUUCACCUUCUCAUGUUUGCAAAUUCAGCAGCAUCUUAAAGUGCCAGUAUGGUCAGAAAAGUGACCUUGUUUAAAAUGAACGCCAACCUGUAGAUCUCUGCUCCCUCUGUGUGCUAGAGAAGUUUCACACUCUCGCUUUGCUAGUCGUUCCAUCCCCUCGGUCCUGGAGGACUCAUGCAGCUUUGCAAGAGCUGCUUGGCUUUUCUCCUGCCUCCCAACAUCCUCCGUGGUGUAACUGGCCACAUCUUGGCUGCGGAGUCUUACGGCUGGUGAGGUGUAAGACAGAAACAAAGCUCCGUCUGCUUUCCGCUGGUGGCUGUGGGAGCGCUGAGCCCUGGCCGUGACGCACAGGGUGCGGAGGGCGCGAGGCACAACUCUGAGCAGAUCCGACAGAAACGGGUAGAAAGGGGAAUGGACUCGGCGUGCCGCUCCGGCUGGCUUGCGAAGCAGCUUUCUGACUGUAAGCGCACUUUAACGUGGGAAGGAGAUCUUUGCUCACCACAGCCAGCUGCCUGCUCACUGCUGCUCCUCUGCAGAACUGGUGGAUCUCCCAGCCGGAUCCCCUCCAAUUCCAUUUGCUGACCAGGAAAACAAUUUAAAUAGACUCAAGCCUCGUGUUACCAUGGUGUAGCCUAUAUAACUUUAUGCCCUCAGCAAGCUUGUCAAGUAGCAGGUCUCGUUAGCUCCGAGUGCCAAAACAUAUCCGUUUACCAAACCGUAACACUAUUGGCUGGGGCGCCUUCCCUUGGGAAAUGACAAGGGGUAUCUUGUACAGUCCAUGUAAACACGGUCAUGUUUCCCUACAGGCUCCUAAAAACAUCACAUCCCCUCUCUUCUUCCCCCCCGCCUCCACUCCCUAAAAAAGUUAGUCUUAAGAGUAAAAUUUCCACACACCAUUAGUUGAUUAUUCAGGUAUGUUGUUUGCCUCUGGCUACGUGGGGGGUGUCCCCUAUUUUGGUGGGUUGUUUUGGGGGUUUUUUGCAUGAUUUUUCAUAGUCUUUCCAAUGUGUGUGGAUAACGAAUAUACCUAAAUCAUUAUCUUCCUGGGCUGGGGGUAAGUAAAGCUUAGUCCUGCCUAAAAUUUCUGCUUUUUCUCACAUUUGUGUCCAGUGGCUUAUGCAAAGAAAUGUCCAUUCACCUUAGGUAAGAGUGGCUUCUGAAAUGGCCGUGAGGUGGGUAACUUACAUCCCCUAUAUGGCACAGUUCCGGUGAAGUCAUUUUAAGGGUUAACCCCCAGCAAGCUGCAGUCCCACCACAAGUUGCAAGAAUACCAUGUAUACCUCAUGGACUGUGUACUUUGUACAUACCUUACUGUUUGGGGCUUUGUUUUCUCGUUUGGUCGUACUUUGUCCUAAUAAGAGGUGUCGAAGAGCAAUUUAAUGUGAAUUACUGUCGGCAAUACUAACUUGACAGAAUCAUGAGCAUUGAGAGCAGAGCGCUACAGCUCUCCCUUGCACUAAACCUCUCAUGAUUGCUUGACAUUUGUAUCUGUGAUACAGUUUAACCCUUCUCUGAGAAACAGUACAUUUGUAUAUAUUGGUGGAAAACUUCUGCCAGAAAAGCUAAAAACACUAUGUCCAACCUGUAAAUAUGUACAUGUACGUGGAAACCUGGAUGAUAAAGUCUGACUUGUAGAAAGUUUUAAUAAACUUGGUUUCAUAA